AUGGAAGACAAGGUGGUUGUGACGUAUGGGGACACGACGCUCUAUGAAUCGGACGUGGCGCUGCUCCGACCAGGGGAGUGGCUCAAUGAUUCCGUAAUCUCCUUUUGGUUCGAAUACUUGGCCAAGGAGCGAUUCAAGGACCACCAAGACGACCUGCUCUUCAUCGACCCGUCCGCGAUGUUCAUGAUCAACUUCUCCGACGACAUGGAAGAGGUGCGCGAGGCGAUGGCAGCGCUGGAGCUGGAGAAGAGGUCCAUGAUCCUGAUGCCCAUCAACGACAACGCCAGCAUUGAUCAUGCUGGCGGAACCCACUGGACGUUGCUUGUGUACACCAAGCGAGAUGGAAAGUUCAGGCACUACGACUCCUUUUCGGCGCAGGCCACAGUCUGCACGGCGGCCAAGCGCACGGCCAAAGUGAUGCAUGCGGUCUUGGGUGGUGCAGGAGAACCCCUCAUAGAGGCUGUCCAUACCCCACAGCAAGGCAACGGCUCUGUGGGCGAAUUCCUGGGCAAGUUGCCUGCGGGAGGCAUGCCCCAGCGGAUCGGCUCAAACACCGGCGCCGCCACGCGCGCCGAGAUGAAACGUGCUCUCGACACCAUCAUCACCGCAACCCAACAAGCAAACUAA